UUUUAAGAUUAGAUGUCUUGGAGAGACCGUGAUUUUGAUCCACACGGUGGCCGAAAUGCUUUCCGAUUAACUGAUGAAUCGAAACAGUCAUCUUCAGAACGAGCAGCUUCAAUGAGAGCAAUGCGUUCAUUUACUCAAUCAAUUGAAGAUGAAGGUCCACCAGAAUUACCAGCUUCACUUGACAUCGAUAUGAUUGAAGGAGUCAGUAUGAAAACAUCUGAUACAAAUGACACAAUCAUUGAAGUUAAGCCUGGAAAGGUGGAUCCUCAACUUGGAGAGACCCAGAAAUAUAAAAUGGCAGUACCUGGUCCCGGGCACUCUGAACAAGAACAAGAACUUCACAAAAGUUUGAUAAGGGACGAAGAAGAAGAUGCAGAAGUUGAACAAGUAUUUGCAGCAUCUGCAGAACCAGUUGUGACACCUCCAAAAAGUUUGAACUUCGCUGAAACAGCUGAAGAACUUCGGCACGCGUAUGAUCAGAAAAUUCGAAAAAGGCCUACAACUCCAACAUCUGCGUGUGUUUUAGAUGGAAUCGCAUUCUUUGCUGGAAGUGUUGAUGGUUCUAAUGAUACAAUUCCAACAGAUGCAGAGAAAAAGAUUAAAGUGUCGAUUCCAAGUGGUCGAAGGAGAAAAACAGAGAAUAUGUCAUAUUCAGAAUUUUACGAGUCGAUGGCAAAUCAGAUACCCGGAGGUGGUGGUCGAAGGAUGAGUCAAUCUGGAAGAACAACUCCCCUUCAUGACUAUGAAGGAGAUAUUCUUGAUGAAAAUCCACAAUACAAGGAUAAAGCUCCUCCUGCUCCGGUUGUUCAUCGAAGGUCAAGUAUCGAAUGGGAAAAUUUCGCCGACAUGGAAGACAAAAUGGAACAAGCAGAAGAAAAAGCAAGAAAGGAAGAGAAAAAAGAAAAAGAGGAAACCGCGGAAGUUGCGCAGAACGAUGAUGUCACUACAGAAAAACAUCAGAACGAAGUAGAAAAGUCGAAGAAGAUGUUGAAUUUCCUCGCGAAACCUCCAACAGUGGAAAUAACAUCACCAGAUGCACCACACCAAGGGGCUUUUCACGACAACACUCCAAAAGAACCUAAAGUUGUUGAAGAAGAAGAGGACGACGAUCUGCCAACAUUCUCAGAAGAUAUGGAUGAAGCAAGGCAGCAAGUGAUGAAAGAAAUGACUGAAUCUGUUGUGAAGACUGAAAAUGUGGAGAACGAGAAGCAAGAAGACACCCAUAUAUCAGAAGGACACGUGGAAUACGGUACAGAAGAAUCACCUGCAGUAACUGAUGGAAGUUAUCAACAAGAUGGGACUGAAAAUGCUUAUGAUCCAAAUGCUUAUCCUGGUUACAUCUGGAAUUAUGAAACACAGGAAUGGGAAUACGAUCCAAGCUAUGUUGCUCCAGAAGAGCCUAUCGACCAGUCUGCAUAUGAAGCACAAGCAGCAGCUUACGCUGAAGUCGAUCAGAGAGCUGCAGAGGUCGUGUAUCAACGAGAACAUGCUGGAUAUGAUCAAGGAGAUUUUUACACUCAUCAAGAUACGAGCUAUUCUUCAGAAGCAUAUGCUCACGAUCAAGCUAAAGGAUAUCAAGAUCCGAAUGCUUAUGGAGCAGAAGCUGCAGCAGACAAUUCUCAAGAAUACGACUAUUCUGCAUAUGGAGGUUAUGAAGGUUAUCUAGCUGCAUGCAGAGCAUAUGAUGAAGAAAGUCAGCAACCACAAUAUGGAGAAACUGUAGCAACUGAAGCAUAUUCUCAGGAUUAUGGUUAUGAGCAACAAGGUGAUUAUCAUCAUGAAGGAGUUGGAGCAACUGACGAAAAUUCAACAUCAGCAAUAUCAGGUUAUGAACAAAAUGGUGCAAGUACUUCCUUAGGAUAUGGUGAUGCUCAAGGAUACGAUGGGUAUGAUCACAAUGCGUCAUACUAUCAAGGCCAGGAAUAUCAACAAGAAUAUUAUCAAAACCACAAGUAUGAAAAUUCUCAAUAUCAAGUUGAUCAGCAUCCAGCCGAAUCAGCUGCUCCACCUCGACCUGUUGCUCCAAUGGAACCACUUUUCAAACAAGCUCCUCCACAGCCAGAUCCAUUCGGAUGGGAUUCAUCCGGUCACACAGGUGAUGCUCCAACAGCUUCGGAACCGGUUCAAGAGUUAUCUCCAACACCAGAAGCUUCAUCAUCUACUGGAACAUCUGCUCCAGCAAGACCACCACCGGCAAGACCAGAAGCUCCAAAAAAGGACGAGACUGCUGUUGACGCAGCCGCACCUCCGAGACCUCCCCCAGCAGCCCGUCCACCACCACCACGACCAGCACCAGCUAAUAAAGAAAAACCGAAAGAGCCAGAGCCAGAAGAAGAUGCAUGGGCGCAGUUCAAACGAAUGACGGAGAAGGUCAGCACUGCAGUAAAAUCAACAGAGAGUACUCUGAAAAACUUGGAGGAGACAUCUGCAGCGAAUGACAUAAAGGAUGAAAGCUAUCUAGCAAAUGUGGGAGGCUCACAAGGAUUUGUUAAUGAAUCGACACAAAAAGAGAUUCAAAGGUUGACAGAAGAGAAGAAAAUGGAGAAACUUCAGAAGAAAAAGCUAAAGCAGCAAGGAAAGAAAGCUGCAACCCCGACAUUGGAACCUGAUGAAGAAGACGCAAUGGAUCGGGCUGCACAAGAGUUAGCGAUGAAAAUGGCAAGCAUGAGAAGCGAUAUGGCUGAUUGGAAAGCCCCAGAAAUGAUUCCAGUUAAAGAAAUAAAAAAGGCCCCAGAGAUCAGAAGAGUAGAUUCAGCAUCUGCGAUUCCCCCAAGAAAGAGAAGUUCAAUAAAAGAUGUUCAACAAGAUUCUGGAGGUUCCCUUGAGCUUCCACCUCACCUAGCGGCUCCUCAAGAUUCAAUUGCCCCAAAUCCAAAAGGAGAUCAUGCUCCAGAUGAUCCAAUACUUUCUGCACCUGCAUGGGCUGAUUUUGAAACCUCUGAGCCAAUGCUUCCACCAAGUGAAUCUGGAUUCUUCUCGAAUAAAGAUGCUUCAAAUGAAGGUGGUGUGUCAAGAGAUGCUACCGAUGAUCCAUUUGUGACAACUGUAGCUAGUUCUGAAAAGAGAUCUAGUUUUGUAGCAGAUCCUUUUGCACCACAGCAAGCUGCUCUGAUUGAUGAGAGUUACGAUCCAUUUGCUGUGGUUGCAGUGGAAGAAGUCGUCGCAAUGGCAAAAGCAAAAGCCGAACAAGCUGCUGCUAAUGCUGAAAAUGAAGAUGAUUUCUACAAUGGACGACAAUCUCCAACACUGUCAACACCAACUCCAGAGGGUGGCAGCCCAAUUAGCCAGCAACGCCCAAAUGCGUUUGAAGAUGAUUUCAAAUGUGCAGAACUCACUGGCCUUGAUACACCGACUCCGUUAUAUGAUGAAGAUGAUUCUCAACCUCUCACAGACUUUAUUCCGAAAUUUGAUGGAGAUGGUUGGGAUCUUAUGGUAAGACAUCCUAUCAAAAAGAAGUCAUUUAUGGCUGAAAGAUGUUGGAAACCUUGUUAUGUUCGACUCCAUGGACUGACACUGUAUUUAUACAAUGACAAAAAAGAUGCUCAACCAAUUCAAGAACUUCUUCUUCAAGCAACGUAUUCGUUGUCAGAUACAACGCUUCAAGCAUAUGAUGUUUAUGGAAAGAUUCACACUGUGAAAUUGCAAUUUGUAGUUUAUAAAGAAAAAGUUGGAAUUCGUCCAGGACAAAUCAGUCGAUUAGUUGAUGGCCACAUCACAAAAUAUGGUUUACCUCUAGAACAUUCUGCUCAAUGUACAGUUCUCUUAAAGUUCGGAUCCCUGAAUGCGUCUCACCUCCAAACUUUUGUCACGACUGUUGAAGAUCUUUUAUUUAAAUGCAAAAUUACUCGAACUGCAAAACCAGUUUACAAACAAGAUGAAGUUCAAAUUCAUUGCUAUGAUGAAUAUUCUGCAUUUGUAGACAAGGAAGGUAUUCUGUCAGAUCAGAAAGCCCGCGUUCGACUCUUUUGUCUUGCAUUCCUCACAGGAUCACCAGUUCUUGAAGUUGGAUUAAAUGAUAGAAGACGACAAGGAAAAGAAAUUGUUAGAAGGAAAGAUAUUCUGCCAAUGUAUACGGAAAGAUGGAUUCGAUUUGAAGCUUUGGAGUUUCAUUCAAUUGUGAAUAAACCAGAGUUUGAUAAGGAACAAGUUAUUGCAUUCAGUCCACCUGAUGGAUGCUUCUUUGAGAUAAUGCGUUUCCGAGUACGUCCACCCCGCAAUCGUGAAAAAGCAAUGACUGUGAAGUCUAUCAUGAAAAUUGCUGGAUCGAAAGUCGAAAUUAGAAUUGAAGCAAUGGCUGCUGCUCAAAUUCAACGUACACGUGGAUCCGAUGAACGUCGUAAUAUACCAUGUGAAGAUAUUGCAAUACGAUUCCCAAUUCCUGAAGCUUGGAUUUAUUUAUUCCGAGAAGAACGUCAUUGGGGAGUAGGAUCAAUUCAUUCCAAAAAACUUCGACCCGGAAAAGUGAAGAAUCUCAAAGAUCGACUUCUAGGAGCAGUUCAAGCAAGUGAACCUAAUCUUAUUGAAUGUGCAAUUGGAGAGGCUAAAUAUGAACAUGUAUAUCGUUCACUUGUAUGGAGGAUUCCAAGACUUCCAGAAAAACAUCAUGCAGCUUACAAAUCUCAUUUACUAAAAUGCCGAUUUGAACUGUCAUCGUUCGAUUUAAUGCCAGAAGAGUUUCUUCCAAGAUGUGAUGUUGAUUUCACAAUGCCUCUGGCAACUGUCUCGAACACUGUAGUAAGAUCAGUAUCAGUUGAACAACAUGAAGAUAGUGAUCGCGUGGAAAAGUUUGUCAGAUAUGUUGCUAAAUAUCAGUAUAAGGUUGAAAUCGACUACGUGCAAUGUGCCGAUCUUGAUCUCGACAUGGCGGAUCCAUCAGUAAAUCCUGAAGCAGCAGCAGCUCCAGUUCCAGAACUUCAUCAACCAACAUUUAAUCCAUCUACCCAAGAGUCUGAUACUCAACAAGGCUACCGAAUUGAUUUCAACGAAGCCGAAAUGGGCGGUUCAAAUCGUCGCGACGACUCGAGUUCCGAUGAAGAACCUGAUAGUCAUAAAAUGCCAAUUAUACAAAUUGAUAUGAAGAAUUAUGGAUAUUAAUUUAUUAAAUCGUUUUGUUGUGCUUCAAAUAUAGCUUUAAAAUUCUAGUAACUUAUUAAUUUUCAUAUUUUAUUUUCAAAAGUAUUUUAAUAUUAUUUUCAAUUUUUCCGAUGCUCGUUUCACUUCAAAAUCUCACCCCAAAUAGCUUCACAUUGUGAUCUCUUUCAUUUGUUUUUUUGCAAUAAUUGAUGAAUUAAUAAUAAUAAUAAUUAUACAAGUCAGUAGAUAUGGUUUGAAAGUUUAGAAAUUAGACGCAACACUUUUAUAAUGCUAUAAUAAAGUAUUGAAUUUAUGAAAUAUG